UCCCUAGUUCUCUGCCAUAGUUAGUCAAAACAUUAAAAGUAAAGUCGCAUUUUUACUGGUUGAAAAAUGUUGAUUUGAGUACUUAAGCAGCUGCAGUGCAACGUGUUAGGAACGUAAAGAGAGUACUCCGCCCGUGAGAAGAGACCCCCCGCUCACACCCACGACCAGUUGCUCUGAAACCAAGUCCCAGCAGGUAACCAGGUAACCCAAAGCCCCGGAAAAUGGAUCGCAAGGCUGAGCUGGAACGCAAGAAGGCCAAGUUGGCCGCUCUGCGCGAGGAAAAGGACCGUCGGCGGCGCGAGAAGGAGAUCAAGGACAUGGAGGAGGCGGCCGGACGCAUUGGCGGCGGCGCAGGAAUCGAUAAGGAUCAGCGCAAGGAUCUCGACGAAAUGCUGUCAUCGCUGGGCGUGGCCCCCGUCUCGGAGGUCCUGUCCUCGCUCUCCUCCGUCAACUCGAUGACCUCGGACAACUCCAACACACAGACCCCCGAUGCCAGCCUCCAAGCCACCGUCAAUGGCCAAAGCGGCGGAAAGAAACAGCCCUUGAACCUGAGCGUCUACAAUGUGCAGGCAACAAACAUUCCACCAAAGGAGACGCUGGUCUACACAAAACAGACCCAGACGACCAGUACCGGCGGCGGAAACGGUGAUGUUCUUUCUUGCCACUCCUCGCCUCUGUCAGGAUAUAUGGAGGACUGGUGGCGUCCACGUAAAGCUCAUGCUACGGAUUAUUAUGAUGAAUACAAUCUUAAUCCGGGUUUAGAGUGGGAGGAUGAAUUCACAGGAGACGACGAAGAGAGCUCGCUGCAGAACCUGGACAACGGAUUCACCUCCAAGCUGCCCCCGGGCUAUCUCACCCACGGCCUGCCCACCGUCAAGGAUGUCGCCCCGGCCAUCACACCCCUCGAGAUCAAGAAGGAGACCGAGGUGAAGAAGGAGGUCAACGAGCUGUCCGAGGAGCAAAAGCAGAUGAUCAUCCUGUCGGAGGACUUCCAGCGGUUCGUGGUGCGCGCCGGCCGCGUCAUCGAGCGUGCUUUGUCGGAGAACGUGGACAUCUACACGGACUACAUUGGCGGCGGCGACAGCGAGGAGGCGAACGACGAGCGGUCCCAUGCCCGGCUGUCGCUGAAUCGCGUCUUCUAUGACGAGCGCUGGUCGAAGAACCGCUGCAUCACCAGCAUGGACUGGUCCACCCACUUCCCGGAGCUGGUGGUGGCCUCCUAUCACAACAACGAGGAGAGCCCCAACGAGCCGGACGGCGUGGUGAUGGUGUGGAACACCAAGUUUAAGAAGACCACGCCCGAGGACGUCUUCCACUGCCAGAGCGCGGUGAUGUCCACCUGCUUUGCCAAGUUCAAUCCCAACCUGAUCCUCGGCGGCACCUAUUCGGGCCAAAUUGUGCUGUGGGACAAUCGCGUGCAGAAGCGCACACCCAUUCAGCGCACACCGCUCAGCGCUGCGGCGCACACGCAUCCCGUGUACUGCCUCCAGAUGGUGGGCACCCAGAAUGCGCACAAUGUCAUCUCCAUUUCGUCGGACGGCAAGCUGUGCUCCUGGUCGCUGGACAUGCUCUCGCAGCCGCAGGACACUCUGGAGCUGCAGCAGCGCCAGUCGAAGGCGAUCGCCAUCACAUCGAUGGCCUUCCCGGCCAACGAGAUCAACAGCCUGGUGAUGGGCAGCGAGGACGGCUACGUCUACUCCGCCUCGCGUCACGGCCUCCGUUCCGGCGUCAAUGAGGUCUUCGAACGCCAUCUGGGCCCCAUCACCGGCAUAUCCACGCACUACAACCAGCUGUCGCCGGACUUUGGCCACCUCUUCCUCACCUCGUCAAUUGACUGGACCGUCAAACUGUGGUCGCUCAAGGACACAAAGCCGCUGUACUCCUUCGAGGACAACUCGGACUACGUGAUGGACGUCGCCUGGUCGCCGGUGCAUCCCGCACUCUUCGCCGCCGUCGAUGGAAGCGGCCGCCUGGACCUGUGGAACCUCAACCAGGACACGGAGGUGCCGACAGCCUCGAUCGUUGUGGCCGGAGCACCGGCCCUCAAUCGCGUCUCCUGGACGCCAUCUGGCCUGCACGUCUGCAUCGGCGACGAGGCCGGCAAGCUGUACGUGUACGAUGUGGCCGAGAACUUGGCGCAGCCAUCGCGCGACGAGUGGUCGCGCUUCAAUACCCAUCUUAGCGAGAUCAAGCUGAACCAGAGCGACGAGGUCUAGGACGAUAGUUGUUAGCUGGUAGCUGGUAGUUUGUAGUAACCUGCGAUGCUUAGAGGUGUCCCAGAAGGAGAGUCCUUGAAUGAAAUUUAAUUUGUAUUUUUGUAUCUUUUGUGAUCCCCCCGCUGCUUAGUUGUGUGUAUAGCCCAGAACCCCAGAACCCCAGAACCCGAAACUCGAAACUCAUUCGCAGCCCAAAAUGCUCAGAAUUGGCUUGACCACACCACAUCUUUCUCAAUCCCCGAAGAAAUCAAGGGAAACUGCAACAUUCUGUAGGUAACCACAGUAACUGUAUUAGAAAGUUUAUUCAAUGAAACUCGACAGAAUAUAGACAUAUAGAGCAUUGCUAUUUACCCAGAUCUGUUCCCACUGCCAAUCGUUAAUCGUUUGGUGAAUAUCAGUAACUUGAUCAUUUUGGAUCCCGCCAAAUUUGAUUGGUAAUGGAAACGGAUCUGCCAAUGGCAUGAUAAACGGCAAACGGUGGUAUAUGGUAAAUAUUAAUUUGUGGAACUAAAAAUAAUGAAGAAUGAUUGUUUAACCGACUGUCGGGCAGGCUGAGAGCAACACAAAAAUAAAUUAAACUACAUAUUAUAUACAACAACGUAUUAGCUUAAACCUGAGAAGAUGAAAGACAGAGACAAAGCAAGUCAGACAGGAAAAGGGGCUCAGAAGUGAUCGUACGAAAACUGAAGAUAAUGCUACAUCCACUCAACUGAACGAGCCCAAAUGUAAAUGUAUUAGAGCGAAGCCUAUUUAACGAGAUUAAAUAAACAUAAUAUCUAUAUACACAUUUAAAA